UACUGUAUUAUUGACUAAUUUAUCUUCCAGAACAAUUGAAUAUUAUUAUUUUUACUUUUUGUAAAUUUAAAAUUUUUCAACAUUGAACAUGAUUUUUUUGGAAAUACAUGACUUCUCGUUGCAGACAAUGUUAGUGGCAAUCGCCUUUCACGCCUACUUUGAUGUCAACAUUGAAGAACUGAUUGCCGAUCGUAAACAAUAUGUUUGGGAUAAGGUUUUCACGUGUUUGGGUGGCAUUUUUAAUCAUCUGGGCUUAAAUAAAUGGGCGAAUAAGAAGCCAUUAGAGAAGGUACAGGAAAAACCUGGUUACAUCAACUAUGAAGAUGUCUAUAAACUAUUGAGACGCUGCAAUUUCACAAACGAGGAGACGGAAAAUAUAUUGGAACAACAUAACAUCGUACCACAUGAACCCAUUCACGAAAACGAUGUUAGAAAUAUAUUCAAAGAUCUAAUGAAGAAACCCCAAUCUCCAGACGAGGCUAGUGAAACAGAUCCCGAUUCGUUAGACAUCCAAAGGAUAACUAAGCAAAUGGAUUCCUUGGAUAAAAGGUUAGACAGAGCACACGAAGAUAUUACUGUGGUCAUAUCGCGUUUAUAUUUAUUGCGUGGCGUACUACCGACAAAUUAUGCUGAAGAUAAAGAAAAUCGCCGAACCUGAUAAAUAAAAAAAUACUUUUUAGAAAUUUAGCAGGUAAUGGCCAGACGCAUCGAUCUUUUUUCCCUUUUUGUCUUCUUAAGGCUUUCAAAGUAUUGAGAUCAUUAAAUGCCUAUUAUCUUUAAUUUCUAUGUACAUGUACAUAGAACUUUAAUCUGUUUAAAUUAAGAUUUAUAAUUUAGUAUAACCGUGAACAUCAAUAUAUACUAUACAUAUAUAUUUUUUGUAAAUGUAUGCCAUUUCAACAAAACAAAUUAUAAUGUUCAAUGAAAGUGAUUUUCAGAAUUCAGGCUAAUAUUGCGUUAAUGUUACCACCAACGAACAACGUGUUAUUUUAUAAUAUCGUCUUCGCUCAAUAAUUUGGUGAUGAAGAAAUAACAUGACUGUGGUUUUGACUUUAUUAAAUGUAAAAUGUUUACAUUACACUCCCCUCAGAACUACACUACCCUUCGUGUAAAACAUAUUUAUAGGAGGAUCGAUAAAUAAUAUUAAGCUUAUUAUAAUACAUACAAUGCUAAAAACAUGUUUAUAAACAUAGUUAGCGUCUAGUGCAUAACGUUUACAAAAAUAUGUAAACUGGUUUUAUAAACAUUGUAGUUACAGUCAAAUGCAUCAAUCAGGCGAGAACAACUACACGGAUUUUGAUGUUGUUUUUACUUUUUUGAUAAUUAACUGAUGGCUUCCCAAUUCGAGAAUAAUAGACUAUGCAACAGUUUUUCUAACGAUCCCUAAAAUAAUCUCUUUGUUUAAAUUAGAGAAUCUUAAAUUUCUUUUAAAAAUCCGACUUUUAAGCUUCUAAAACGUUUAACCGAUUAUGUCCAAUUUUGCUAUUCCAUAAUACCCCUUUGUCCCUUUGUUAAACAAGUGCAAUAAUUAUUUAACAUUUAACUACACGUAUACAGAAUAAGAAGAGUUUGUGUCAUUUUAUACAGGUUGAUUCCGGGAAAAAAAACAGUCGCACACUAUGCAGUUUUUCUUAAGUUUUCAAUUCCACAAAAAAUUUGAUCAUUUUCUUGUUUUAAUAAAUUCCAAAAAUAAUUGUUCAAUUGAAUAAAUUAUUACUAAUACGUACAGGAUUAAUUCGCAUUACAUUGAUUUAAUAAAAUUGAAAAGUAUACAUUAAACUUAUUAAUGCAUUCUCUUAUUUCUUAUGUCUAGAAUUAUUUUCUUAAAAGCUUUUAAAAAUGUAUCGGCAUUCGCUUUGCUAAAAACCAUCGGAGGCUUUAACUUGAUCACAUUGGCGUCCGGUCCGUCACUACUGAGCAAUAUUCUCUCUUCGUCUUUCAUCCUAAAACAUAAUUCCAACUGUUACUAAUGGCAUUUAAUUUAAAUUAAUCAUGAGUACACAUACAUAUUGUACUAAUUUUUUAUAAGUAAACUGUAAUAUAGUCCAACAAGUUUUAGUCCACAUAUAACUUAGCACUGUUAAUAUUAUUAUCGGUUUAGUUUAUAUAUUCCUCCCCACUCUGAUACGUCUUAUUGUGAAGUCCAUAUUAAUACUAUUGGGAAAUAUACAAUGUAUCAUGUAUAAUUGUCAACUAACGGUGACUCUUAUUUUUCAAUGGUUGGCGAUUAUAACUUAACAAAUACUAAAUGGACUUUGCAAUCGUCUGGCCUUUAGCCUAAUAAUUCGUAGCUUAU